AUGUCGCUGUCGUCAACGACCAUUAUCAAGGCGCAAAUUGGCCAGGCACUGGGACCGAAGGCCGACACCUACUACAAGAUUCUGCAGCAGUACUUUAGUGCUCAAAUAUCCCAAGAAGAGCUUGAUGAACAAAUCAAGGAAUGCCUCGGGAAGGACAAUAUACCACUUUUGCAACUACAUAACUCGUUUAUCGUCUCACUACUGGACCCCUCCGCACACCUUGCGCCUCCCACACCACCACCAGACGCACCAAAGCCGCCGUCACGAAAGCGUCGCAGAACGCUACCAUACCAAGGCGAGGAUGAUGAUGAGUCUGAAACCCUGAGGUCGACGAGACUCAAGCGAUGGACCAUUGGCAUGGGCAAGCGCGAACGAGACCGCCUGCGGAGUUUAGAUGCCUUGGCUUUGAGUACAGAACGCAGCCCGAGAAGAGAGAAAGACGAGAUUGCUGCUGACAGAGGUGUCGUUCUUCUUCUCGAACGUGGAGAGCCUGCGGGGAGCCGCAUGCCAUUGCAUCUAGCGUCGGUCACCAGGGCACCAACGUUGCAGCAUAUAGCAGAGCGUAUCAAUUUGAUUUCAGCUCAGCAUAAUCUUGGCCCGCCGCCAAGAACGGUUGCUUCCCUCAUGAUGUACGCCUUUGAGGCAAAGCUUAAGCAGCUUAUCACACAAGCUCUCUCUCUGACUUCUACCUCUCACGCCAUUACAUCUAUCAAAGCCUCUGCAAGGUCCACUACCAGUCACCUCUCUGCUGCCUCCUUCGAAACGCUCUUCACCAUCUCGCCCGCUGUGCUCCCGAAUAGAUCUGCUGCAGCGAUGCGACUGGCUGUGGGAGACAAUGAUGGGUACGAUGACGAUCUGCCGCUGAAAGAUCGCGAAACGAGAGACUACAGAUGGCAGCUGCUGGGAUUGCUCGGUGACUCGAGGAGUACGGUGAGGGAGGCUUUGCGGACGCUACGAUAGUUAUACUCGUUCUCUAUCGCUCCCUAUAUCUCUUCUCUCUGUCUUGUUUCUUCUGUCAUAUUUUAUAUCACAUUGUCGACGCAUGUUACCAUGUUGCAAUAGUAGCUUAUUCGUUUGUCUACUGUACGAACAUGCGUUAGCGUAUGUGUCACAGUACUGCCUAUCGGCUGGUUCAUACGGGCAUUUGUAGCGUCAUGGGGCUCCGAAUUUAGGAACGAUACGGAUUGCUUCUCUGGAC